AGGAAAUUACCUCCAUAACAUGCAUAUGAGAUAAUUGCGGGCCAUCUAACAAGGCAAGAUUUCUUUGCAUUUAAUUAAUUACACACCUUGCUUUCCCUCGGUGCUCUUCCUCUUGCGCCAUCAAUCUAUAUCAUUUUCUUCCCCUUCCUUUUCCUUGUUUUCCAAGACAAAUCACCUUCCAGGAAACCACCCUUUCGUGCCCAAAUCUUCUCCUUCCGUACCUUAUAUAAACCUUGCCAGGAUGUUUGAUUUCACAAAACGAUCUUAGCUAACACACACACACAAACCCUUUUCUAGGCUAUGGAUGUACUUGGAGUUAACAUGAAGAGUGGCAAGAGAUCACACACGAAGAGAAGUAAAAAAGCCAUCAAGGUCGUGUAUAUAUCUAGCCCUAUGAAAGUCAAGACUAGUGCCUCGGAGUUCAGAGCUCUUGUGCAAGAACUCACCGGCAAAGACUCCGAUGCUGCACGAUUUAUGGACAUUAAUGGUGCUGAUGAGAUUUCUCACCAAAGGGCUGAAUAUGGUCAUCGUGUAUCGGCAGUUCCUUCGACAAAUUCGUCUCAAUCACCAUCAACAACAAGCUCGGAGUCUUUUCUCGAGUCAUUUGACGGAGAACUUUUCCCAUCUAUGGAAGAGAGUACUUUCAUGGGCAUGCUUCAAUCGAGCCUUUUUCAUGAAUCUUUUCAGUUAGAUGUGCUUAAUUAAUUAGUUCAUGGCUGGUUGAGCUUAACUGAUUAACCUUUUUGUAUGAGUUCUUUCUUUGAGUGCUAGCUCUUGUAUCAUCAUAUACUUUAUCUUAUGUAAAUUCUCCAUUAAUUAUAAUUUGAGACUAGCUAGUUCCAUAUA